ACUCACUCAAAACCAGAAAGCUUCAAGAGCUCAACAAUGGCGGCUAAGAACCAUUUCAGCCUUCUUCUUCUCCUCCUUUUGCAGCUGUUUUAUUCAGGGUCAAUUUUAAAAAAUUGUAAAACAGGAAGGGCCGAACUGCAAAUGAAUUAUUAUGCAAAAAGUUGCCCAAAAGCUGAAGAAAUUAUAAAACAGCAAGUUACUGAGCUCUACUAUGAACAUGGAAACACAGCCGUUUCGUGGCUUAGAAACCUCUUCCAUGAUUGCGUUGUUCAGUCUUGUGAUGCAUCUCUAUUGUUGGAGACGACUGUGGGUGUGGAAUCAGAGAAAGAUUCAGACAGAAGUUUUGGGAUGAGAAACUUCAAAUACGUAAAUAAAAUCAAAUCUGCCGUUGAAAAUGCAUGCCCUCAGACUGUUUCUUGCGCUGAUAUUGUUGCACUAUCGGCUAGAGAUGGCAUCGUUAUGUUGAAAGGACCGCAUAUCGACCUGAAAACGGGAAGAAGAGAUAGCAAAAUGAGCUAUUCGAAUCUUGUUGAAGAGUUGGUCCCAAAGCAUAAUGAAUCUCUUGUGAAUGUUCUCUCGAGGUUUAAGUCCAUCGGCAUUGACACGGAGGCAACAGUUGCCCUUUUAGGAGCUCAUUCGGUAGGUCGAGUUCACUGCGUGAACUUAGUGGAGAGGUUGUACCCAACCGUCGACCGAACCAUUGAUCCAAAUUACGCACAAUACCUAAAAGUCCGAUGCCCGACACCGAAUCCCGACCCAGAAGCGGUGUUGUAUUCGAGAAACGACCGUGAAACUCCAAUGAUUUUAGACAAUAUGUACUAUAGAAAUGUUCUUGAACACAAGGGGUUGUUGAUCGUGGACCAAGAAUUGGUUUCCAACCCUCUUACUCUUCCAUAUGUCAAGAAAUUUGCCGCCGACAUCAAAUAUUUUCACGACCAAUUUUCUAGGGGAAUUCGUUUGUUGUCAGAGAAUAAUCCGCUCACUGCCAAUCAAGGUGAGAUUAGGAAAGAUUGUCGCUAUGUUAAUUAAAGCUACGAAACUCAAUUAACGUAAUUGAGUUUGUCCCAUGUUGUGUGUCGUGGUCAUUCUAAAAUACGAAUGAUUACGACUGUCAUGUGUAUCGUUCAUCUUUUCUCCUAACCCAAAUUGGAUUCUUGAUAUUCCAAAA